AAGAUUUCAAUUUAAAGGUAGCUUAAAAAUGGACAAUCUUGAAAAAGGAAAAUGCUUAAUUUAUAUUAUCGAAGACAAAAUUUGAUAAUCUAAAAUAUUCAAAAUUGCAUAUAAAUUUUAAUUUUUUUUUAUCACGACACUCAGAGUCGAGAGAUGUGAGUCGAGAGAUGUGAUGUGGGGAAGGAGCGUAAAGUCUGGGAUUGAUAAUAAGUGAUUCUCCUUGGAAAUAAGCAUAAGCCCAAAUGGCAAAUCACACUCCCCUCUUCGCAUACCAUCACACAACCCUCUUUCCACCACCACCACCACCACCUCCACUAUUUAAUGCCAUGUAUAACACCACCAGCAGCAGCAAUAGCAGCCCAGUUGAGAAUAAAGCUACAGUGUAUCUGAGCAAGAGACUUUUGCUCAACCUAUCCAUUUCUACUCUACUUAUAUCAUCAUCAUCAUCCAUUUUGAGUAAUGUGAUAGCUGCUGAAGAAGAGCAGGAGCUUGUGAGAUACACUGAUUCCCUCGAGGGCUUCACUCUUCUCAUACCCUCUUCCUAUAUUAAGGUUGAGAAAGCAGGGGCCACGGCUUUGUUUGAGGAAGCUAAUAAAGGAGCCAACAAUGUGGGGGUUGUGGUCACUCCAGUCCGUCUUACAAAUUUAGGUGAAUUUGGUAACCCUCAAUUUGUUGCUGAUAAGCUGAUUCGGGCCGAAAAGCGCAAGGAAAGUACAAAGGAGGCUGAUGUAAUUGCAGUCUCAGAGAGAUCAGGCCGCGGCGGUCUUCAAGUUUAUGAGUUUGAGUACAAAGUUGAUAGCAGCAGGGGAGGAAUAAAGAGGAUUUUCUCUGCCGCAUUUGUAGCCUCUAGGAAGUUGUACCUUCUAAAUAUAGCUCACACUGACAAGCCAGAGAGUCCACUUGACACUCAUACACGACAAGUAUUGGAGAAUGUUCUUCAUUCAUUUGAUACUGCUCCUUUGACUUGAUGGAUAUCAUCAAUUGUUUUUUAUGGCCUAUAACAUGUAGCUCCGUUCAGUAUAACCGCAGCUCACCUUUAUCAGGUGCCAAUGAUACAAGGUAGGUGGUUUGUCUUGCCUGUCCCAUGCAGCUAGUGCACAUCCAUUAAUGUAAGGUGAUUCAUAUGCCUAACGCGGUUGUCGUUGUUUGCAUUGUUCUUCUGGUUAGAACUGUUGAGGCACUCUGCGGAUACUGAUGAGAAAAAACCAAUGAAUAGGAUAUGUUGCAAGUUACAAAUUUUUAGGUACCGGAGAUGGAACUUGUGUCCUGACCACAAUGCUGAACUCAUGAGCAGCUAUCAUUCUUUGUAUAACCUGUUAAAUACUUAAACCCCACCUCAUCCCCCCUACCGAUGUUGCUUGUACCGGUCAAUUUACUGCUAUUUCUAUCUUUCUUUUUUACUGUCAAAUAUUUGAUAGAAAUAUGACAUUAUUGUAAUAGUAUGGACAUAUACUAACAAUUACUUUUUAACAAGGCGGCGGAUUUUUAUU